AUGGCCAACAACAGCCCCCACACAUCCUUGUUUACCUAUACUGCGGGCCGGUGGCUACGCCUUGACAAAGCCCAACGCGACGCGCGUUACGUGGAGUUUGACUUUGUCGCCCUAUGUGAGAAAGUCCUUUCACUCUGCCCCUCUGCCACGUCAAUUAAAAGCUUUUACAAGAUUGAGGGUGGAUUUAGUAAAGUAUUGAUUCUUGAAACUGAUGAUGGCAAACGCGUUGUCGUCAAAUUUCCCACGUCUGUUGUCGGACCGGCAAGACAUGUGACCAAUUCUGAAGUUGCAACAAUUACUUAUUUGCAACGCAAUACUAAAAUACCUAUUCCAGCUAUUUUGGACUGGAGUGAUGAUCCUGCAAAUCCAAUUGGCGCGGCGUAUAUUAUCCUAGAACACGUUGGCGGUGUUCUGCUACAGGAAGCAUGGACAGAUAUGCCAUCACACCUGAAAGUCAAAUGUACUGGAGCCAUUUGUUCCAGUGUUCUACCUGUGUCCGAGCUUGACUUCCCCGCAUAUGGCAGCCUUUAUUUUUCCAAUGCAUCAUUUCUUGAUGAUCGUUCGAAGAAACUAUUAGAAAGUGAUACUAAAUAUUGCAUUGGCCCUCAUUGCAGAGGUAGUACCUACUGGGAUUGCAAUGUUGGCGAACCAAGGCAUUAUACGUUUAGUGCGCCGAAUAGAGGACCAUGGUGUGAUCUUUCUUCAUAUGCUGCUGCUCUGAUAGACUCAGGCCUUGCAAGACUACCACAAGCAGACCUUCCUUUUCUCCAUCAGCAAAACCCUCCCUAUCAAGGCACCGUGGAUAGGCAUUUGAAGCUUCUUAAACUCGGCCGCGCCGUCUUGCCCGAACUUGUUCAGCAUCCUGACAUAAAAUCUAACGCAGCGCCUAUGCUCUUUCAUCCAGAUCUACACAAGAGGAAUAUCUUUAUCUCUGAAGAUGACCCGACCAAAAUCACUGGAAUAAUUGACUGGCAAUGUGCCAGUGUUGAGCCAGCAUUCUAUUAUGCUGAUGAUUCACCUGAUUUUGCGAAAGUCCCUGCCGAAGGCACGCCAGAGUCUGCUGAUGAAAGCCUUUGCAGCCAGGCGUACGAAAUAGGCUGCGCCCUUCUAGCUCCUCGUCUGGGAGGAGCUAGAAAAAUAGACGAGACCCUCCUUAGGCCAUUUCGAUAUUGCCAUCGGACAUGGAGAGAUGGGUUUGUCCCUUUUACCCACGAACUAUUGCAACUAAGAGACUCGUGGCAGAAGCUGGGGUUUGAGAAAAACUGUCCAAUCCCGGCUUUAGGCCCGGAUGAGAUGAGCUUCUACAAAGAGCAGCUUUAUACUUACAAUUCUAUGCUGGAACUGCGACAAGAUAUGGUGGAGACCCUGGGUGUGGAGGAGGAUGGCUGGACAUCUGAGGCUCGCUGGGAGGGAGUGAGACAGACUUAUCAAUAUUUUUAUGAGAAUAUUAUGGCAAAUUUGGAGGACGAUAAGCAACGCAAAGAGGCUAUAUCUAUGUGGCCUUUUGAUCAACCCGCGACACUGCAGCAGCCUAAGCAGAUUUGA